AUGCAGUCAGCGUUCACUGCCCUGCUCGCUGCAAUUGUUCUUGCACUUAUAACUAGAAAACUGCUGAAAACAACAAAAGAGAAAAAGCUCUUUCCUCCUGGACCAAAAGGACUCCCUCUUAUUGGAAAUGCGCUUGAUUUUCCGACUGAAAAUCUGGGACCUGCAUAUACUCAGUGGGGAAAGCAGUACAAUAGCAAGCUCAUUUCACCUUUGAUGAAAGGUGAUAUCCUCCACGCCAGUGCCUUUGGAUCCCAUGUCAUUAUAGUCAACAACCGACAAAUGGCAGAUGAGCUGUUCGAUAGAAGAGCUGUCAAACACUCGGAUCGUCCAUCCCUACCUGCACUUGAUCUAUCUGGGAUGACGUCGUACAAUUUGGGUGUCAUGAGAUAUGGAGAUAAAUGGCGUCUUCGUCGAAAACAUGCCUUGCAAAUAUUUCGUCAGGCUGCGUCACCACCGAAUGAUUUCAGUAAUACAAUUGUCGACGGAGUCCAUAAAGCGCUCAAAGGAUUAUUGCACAGUCCAGAGAACCUGUGGGACCACAACAAAAUGUUAUCAAUUUCAAUUCCCAUGUCCUCGAUGUACGGAUACGACGCCAAGUCAACUGAUGACCCGUGUAUAGUCGCGGCCGAUCAAACCUUCACUCUGGGAAUGGAGUUGUCGUCGCCUGGGGGAAGCUUAAUUAACAUAAUACCUCUUCUUCGUCAUAUCCCACCAUGGAUCCCUGGGGCUAUUUCUCAACGAAAGGCCGAGGUGUCCAGAAAGCUUACAGAACUGAUGAUUUCUAUUCCACUGGAAUUUACAAAAGCGCGAGUGGCAGAAGGAAAUGCUAGACCAUCUGUAGUUGGAAACUUCCUCGAAAAAAAGAAUACGGUCGGUGUUUCAGAGGAGGAGGAAGAGGCAGUAAUGUCUGUUGCCUCCACAGCUUAUGCGGCUGGGUCGGACACUACGCAAUCAGCCACCGGAACAUUCUUGUAUCUCAUGGUCCUUCACCCGGAUAUCCAGAAGAAAGCCCAGGCGGAGAUUGACAGUGUGUUGGGGGGAAAACGGCUGCCAACAUACGAAGACCGCCCAUCUAUGCCGUAUAUUGAGGCAAUAUACCGCGAAGUACUUCGAUGGAGACCACCAGGCUCAGUCGGGUUUCCUCAUUCCUCAACAGAAGAUGACUUUUAUGGCGGAUAUUUUAUUCCUAAAGGGAGUACUCUAAUGGCAAAUAUAUGGGCAAUGACGCACGAUGAAACAAGAUAUGAAAAUCCACUAAGUUUUAAUCCAGAACGAUUCAUCAACCCUGAUGGAACUCUCAAUGACGACGAUAGAAUCAUGGCAUUUGGCUUCGGAAGACGGUAUGUUCGCGAGCUUAUUCUCUGGUUAACGUUUGCGUCUAUUCUGGCCGUCUUCAAUCUGGAGAAUGCAAAAGAUAAAUCUGGGAAUAUAAUCAAAGUCAACGAUGAAUACUAUGAAUUUGGGCUCAUUAGGGAGCUGGUAGAGCAACUUGAUGCUUAG